ACGAUACCUAUACCAAACCUCCUCCAGGUGUGGAUCAAAACUUGACAAUCUUUAUCGGAAUUCUGACCAUUUAUGAGAAGAUCGAGAUUAGGGAGUGCUUGCGCAAGUUGUAUGCACACAAUAACGAUGCUCUGGCGCGGUAUCUCGGUGUCAAGAAAUCGCCAGUGACGAUUAGGUUUGUCCUAGGAUUGCCAAUGGAUGAUUAUAUAGAUAAGCUGGAGGAAGAGUCUAAAAUGUAUGGGGAUAUUGUUAUUUUGAAUAUCACAGAGAACAUGAACAAAGGAAAAACGUUUGAAUAUUUCAAUUGGUUUGCUAAGCAUAGGGAAGAUAAUUAUAUGGUCAAAUUGGACGAUGACACUUUCAUUCACCUUAUUCACUAUUACCGUGACCUUCAAGAUUUGCCGAGAGAACGUGUGUACUAUGGCAACGCUCUAGGAUAUAAAGAUGGAACAUAUACAUAUAUGGGAGGUGCCGGAUACACACUUUCCCGCGACCUCGUUAUAGACAUUGCUGGAUCAUACUGGGCUAGCUCAUACGUCAGCGGCAAUGAGGACUGGCUGGUCGGGAGAAGAUGUACUUCGUGCACUAUGUCGGCUUUACAAGUUGGGUACCCAGCCGUCAAAAUCCUAUCCAUGACUUUGACGAGAAUCUAG